GCAUAGGUACUCACAUGUUUAUAUAUGUAUCCUUUUUUUAAAUAUCAUCAACUUCCUUGCGUUGCCCGGUUUUUUGCCACGGCUCAUAGGGGUCCGCUUCGCAACAAAUCCCUUCACGUAGUCUUUAGUUUUUUUUUAAGAAAGCGGCCUUAUAUCUUAUUAUCUGUCAGGUUUUCUCGCGAUGUUUUUCUACAGCAAAAAGAGACUGAUCAAUAUCAAAUUCUCAGCUGGUUGACCUACGCUUUGCCCAGGUAAUCCGCAUGAUCCAGACCCUGGAGGAAGAGUGCGUGUACCACAGCAACGUCAUCCGCUUCUUCGUGUGCUCACUGCUGCUGUUCUUCGCGUGCUACUGCCUUGCUUCAGUGCAGCAGUGCCUCCUCUGCGACGGAUACGGCUACUGUCACGUCAACAACUUCACUCACGAGCCGUUCUGGACACAAGCUCAUCUGGACGACGAUAACAAAAACAUCUUAGACCGCCUGGUCUUCAGCCUCUACUGGGCCAUGUCAAUACUUACCUUUACCAGUCAUAUGGAGAUGUUGAAAGAAAACGCUGACGUGAAUUUUUACACCGUGAUUCUGCUGGAGAUAUGCAUCGUGCUGAGUAUCGGUAUGGAGGCUGUGUACUCCGCUACCAUCUUGGUCACCACGGCUUUCAGAGAGAGCUUCGACUCGUGCAUCGCAGACGCGCGCAACUUCCUCAUCCGCCACCAGGUGCCGCUGCAGCUGCGGCAGCGUUUCCUCGAGCAUCUGCAGCUCUGCUGGGACACCAGGAAGGCGUACGUGAUGACAUCGAAGCAGAGCUCUGUGUUCUACGACCUACCUCCCCACGUGUACCAAGAUAUCCUGGCCCGCCAGCGAAGCAAGUUCAUCCUCUGCAUACCCUUCAUGAAGCUACUAAAUAACGAAGACUUGAAGAAUGUGUCUGCCAACGCGCGCAUAUUCUACUGCGCGCCGAACGAGGUCCUGCUGAACACUGGAGACAUCAGCACAGAGAUGUUUAUCAUCAAGAAAGGCUUCUGCGAGGUACCUCACUCUUUCUACGGUGUAUCACGAGCUGUUCUACCUGUAUAUUAAGCUAUUUGAUGUUUUUUACUUGUCUUUCAGAUUUUGAACCCCGAUACAAAAGAAGUGGUUGGCACGUUGAGCGCAAAAAGUCAUUUCGGAGUGCUCGAAUGUUUAUUUCGAAUACAACCGGCUGCAGAUCCCUCGCGAGCCGUUCGUCACCUACCAGCCGCCCCCCUCCGUGCCCAACAGGGAG